UGAUCACAGACCCAGAGCCAAGUGCCCAUGCUGGACUGCGCUGCAUUUCCCCAAUGCCUUUGCUUGCAAACUGCAGCCAAGAUGCCCUGCCCUCUGGCCCUUAGCAGCUCCACUACAUUGUUUUGUAACAUCAGAUAAGGAAGGAGCAGCGCAGAGGGCAGGGACAGGAGAAGGGAUGUGGCUGAGGGACCAGGGAGGAAAGUUCUCCGAUGGAAAGAAGAGCAGCAUGCAGAGAGGGAGUUCCCUCCAUGCAGGAGGCGGUUUUGGUCAGGGCUUGUCUAGACUGGAGCAACCCACACUGUAAGAGCACCAACAGCGAGCCUGGGGCACAUGCAGUGUCUGCUGUGCCCAGCCAGGAGGGACCCAGCUGUGCAAAGGGGGACCCUGCUGCUCCUGGGCCUCAUCUGCCAGCCCUGGGUACAGCACAGAGCCCCAGUGUGCCCAGGCACCGUCUGCCCAGCCUCUCCCAUGCCACAAGAGCUCUGCAAGACGCAGCGGGACAGCCAGGGAGGUGGGACAUGGCUGUUCCUGCCCCACAUCAGACACAGCUGUGAGCCCCCAUCCCUUCCUGGCUCCAAGCAGAGCAGCCCCAUGCUGGAGGUGGGGGCCACUGCCCACCCCCACCACUCCCCUUUUUCAGUGGGAGGGCUGCGGGCAGCUCUGCGCCUCCCCCAGCUCUGGCACCCGGAGAAGCAGAGGGAGCUGCAGGCACACAACGUCACUUUUUCCACGCGAUUCCAGCCACCUUCCCUUCCCCCUCACUGAGACACUGGGAAGCGCAGAGGCUCCCCUCAGCUCAAGGCAGCGCUGGGGCUGGAGCAACUGGGCCACAGGUCCCUGUGCCAGGAGGGGUCCCGGAACCACCCCCCUCGGAGCACAGGGUCCCAGUGCUCCCUCCAGCCCCGCUGUCCCUUGCUCAAAGCCCCAGGGCUCAGCCCUGUGCUCCCCCAGAACUGUGGGCUCUUGCUUCACUGCCUGUCCCCUCCAGAGCUGCAGCCCUGAGUUCUUCAGCCCCAAGGUCAGGAGCAUCCAUGGAGCAAGAGAGCAGGCCCGAGACAGACAUUCUUUCUCGAUGAUCUAAUUUAAAAAACACAUUUUUACAAAAACACAUCAUCAUGCAAACGCAUGUCGCUUCUCUCCAGGCCCACAGCUCACCCAUGCCAGAGGCGGCUGCAGCUCAGAGCUAGGACGGAUGCGGCCCAUUUCCCACCUUCCCCCAGUGAUAAGAGCCCCAAGUGCAGCUCCACGUCCCUUUCCCCACCCCCCCACCCCCUUUACCACAGAAGAUUUCCCCCUGCCCCAACCACCCCAUAGAGGACACACCGAAACCGCAGUGCCCAAAGGGUUGGAGCAGCCCCGUGCUGCACCAAGCGGCUGUUAAAGUUCAUCAGGGAACAGAGCUGAGCUCUGGGCUGCUUCAAUCCUUUCCAAAUAAAAGCAGCGCUGGCCCAGCAGGCUGUCCUCCUCCCGUUGUGCUGUGAGGGUUUGUGCUCCUAAGGUGGUAGUGUCUGAUAGGGAUAAGGGCAUGCAGCGCUGGAAUAGGCCUUGGGAUAGGCCUGGGAGUGCAGGGAUAGGCCUCGGGAUAGGCCUCAGGGUGCAGGGAUAGGCCUCGGGAUAGGCCUCAGGGUGCAGGGAUAGGCCUCGGGAUAGGCCUCAGGGUGCAGGGAUAGGCCUCGGGAUAGGCCUCAGGGUAGGCCUAUGAGUGCAGGGAUAGGCCUCAGGAUAGGCCUUAAGGUGCGGGAAUAGGCCUCAGGAUAGGCCUCGGGGUGCCGGGAUAGGCCUCAGAGCACUGGGGUAGGCCUCACAGUGCUGGCGUAGGCCCAAGACCUCCCCCUGCCCUGCUCCCGGGCCCCACAGACCCCAGCCCAAGCCCAAGGCCUUCCCCUGCCCUGCAGAUCCCAGCCCAGGCUCAAGGCCUUCCCCUGCCCUGCAGACCCCAGCCCAGGCCCAAGGCCUUCCCCUGCCCCGCAGAUCCCAAAGCCGUGGCACUGCUGGGAGCGGGGAAGGGCAGGGCUGCGACGCAGUGCGAUGGAGCCAUUGGUGGACACAGGCCCCAUGUUUCACCCCCCCCACCCCUCCACUCCCACAGUCUGGGCCCCGUGUGCGGCUCACGGGGCGCCCGCGUAGCUGUAGUGAUUGCGGUCGGUGUCGCUCAGGGUUAGCGGCAGGCUGGGUUUGCGCUCCGGGUCCUUCUCAUCGCACUGCCGGGGCGGACGUUGCUUGAAGAAGUCGGACACGUAGCGAACCUGAGGGGACACACAGGAGGCGGGGCUCAGGCCUGAUCCCAUGGCUCCUCCAUUCUCCGCCACAGUACCAGGGCUGGGUUGGGGACAUCCAUGAGGGGACACUCACGAUGAGGAUGGCGAUGAGCGCGCCCUGGAGAAGCCCAGCCAGAACAUCGCUCCAGUGGUGCUUGUAGUCAGAGACCCGCGUGUAGCCCACGUAGAUGGCGAAGGCGAGGAGGAAGAACUGGAUGGUGGGACGCAGCAGCCGGGCCCACUUCCCCACCAGCCGGGCUUGCACGUAGAGCUGCAGAGAGGACAGAGGUGUCACCAAGCACAGGGACGGCGGUCCCAUGGUGGGGACAGAACGCCAGAGCUCCACACAGCACAGCACUCACCGCCAGGAACAUCAUGCAAUACAUCCCAAAGGAGGAGUGCCCGGAGUAGAAGGACAGCCUGCAGGCAAAGGGAUGGGUCAGGACAUGGCAGGGGGCUGCCAACCCCUCACCACUGCUCUGGAGCCGCCCCCAGGGCUCACCUGGACUCGGUGACGUUCCUGCUCUCCCCUCGGCAGACAUUCUCCAGCUGCACAUAGAUGGAGCAGUUCACCUUGGACCAGUCAGGAUUGCAGACUGCCAAGAAGUUGGGCCGGAGGCGGCCGAUCAUGUACUUGGCCAGGUCGGUGAGGGACUGGCUGAUGGCCCCCCCGAAAAGAAAGGUCCCCACCACCUUGUAGAGGGCAGCCAGGUAGUUGUUGUACUCCGACUUGGAGUAGAGGCGCUCCGUGUAGACCAGGUAUGCCUCCCCCGAGGUGAUCUGCAGGGUGCAAAGGCUGAGGGGUAAGGUCCGGCCCCCAGAAGCCUCCCUGGGAUCUUCCCCCAGCCCUGCAGGGACCCAGCCUCAUGGGCUGUGGGUCUCAGCCCCAGACAUGGGCUCUGCAGGGAGCCCAGAAAGUUUCCUUACAAUGAGAACAGUGCAGGUGAUGGUGACCCCAGCCAUGAGGCCAUGAGUGAUGGUGUCUGCCUUGUAGGGGUAGCGGAUGGAGUCAUCGUUGCAGUAGAAGCCUCGUUUGUACGGGGAGUUCACCAGCGUCAGGAUGACAAAGGGCAGAGAUGCUGCAAAGGAGAGAGAGGGAGAGGACUGGGGCACCCUCCCAAGGACUCCAUGCAGGCACCCAGUGUGCACGGUCCCUCUGUCCCCGCUCCCCACUGCUGGGGAAGGAUCCUGCACCCAGGGCAGAGCUGACCCCGCUGCUGAUAGAGCAUUAUCAGGGCUCACAGCUGCCUGCAGAGCUGAGCUACCGCAGGAGAUGGCUGCUCUUGGGCACCCAUGGAGCAUCCCCUGCUCCCCAGCUGCUGCCCGGUGCCAGGACCCACUCCCCACAGCCUGGAGGAGGACAGAGCUUGGGGGAGCAACACAGGCAUCUCACCAGCCUGUUCUACACCAAAAGGGCCUUCAGGUCCCACACGGUCCAGGCUUGGGCAGAACUGGAGCCCAGAACCCAUGACCCAGCCUAGCUAUGCCCCCCCCACCCUGCUCCCCAGUAGCACUGAUGCUGGGACCACUUGGAUCAGUCCAGCCCAGGAGGCUUUUACACCCCACGUGCACGAGCCCUGACCACGAGCGCCUUCCAGCUCCUCCGUGGAUGCGGUCAUCCCACACAGAACAUCAGAAGGAGCUCCGGGGGGGUCUGACAUAGGGCCGUGCAGCCACUCCAGCCCCUGGGGGACCCUCGUCGGGGUGACCACGGGCAUCUUCAAGCAUCUCCCUGCAGGGUGAGGCUGGGCACAGCGCAGGGCACGGGAUGCUCUCCCCGCAGGGACCAGGCAACCUACGGUCCACCUUAAGCCCGUGCUCCUUUCCCCGUUCCGCCUUCAGGAAGGCGAUUUCCGCCUCCCCAUUGUUCCACCGUCUCCAGGGAAAAAACAAAACACACCUUUGUCCCCGGCAGCCACCCUCCAACCCGGAGCCCCCUCCCCAGGGGGGUCCCGAGCUGCGCUCUCAGCCGAGCGAAAGGGCAGAUAGGAAAAGAGAAAGAAAUCACGGCAAAGCACCACCCCGCAGCCUCCGGGCCUCCAAAGGCGGCUCUCUCCGAACAGAAGCGAAAGCAGCCAAAAAGAAAAAAUAAAAAAGAGCUGCAGGAAGGCCAGGAACACGGCAGGAACAUGGCAGGAACAAGCCGUGACGGCUCCCAGGCUGCGGGAGGAGCCCCGCACGCACGGACGCCUCCGUACACACUUCAAACCCUUCGUUUGCAGCUCAAAUUAGACGCCCUUUUUCUUUAUCCCUUUUUCUUUUUUUUUUCCCUGGGUAAUUCCAUCCUCCAAAAAAGCUCCCCCUAAAAUAAAAGGGGCAGAAGAGGAAAAGGGCACCGAACAAAAACCAGGAGCCUGCCUCUCUCUCUCCACCGGUGCUUAAAGCCUAAGAAAGCUCGGGAGGUUGAGGCUGAAAUUACGACCCGGGCCUUUAUUUUUAGGCCAUCCGUCUUAAUUAGGUGCUUGAGAGCGGCACUUUUAGAAACGAGCGUCUGGGCGGAGGCUGCCCCGGGGGGGGCACAGCGCUCGGGGCCCCGACGGCCACCCGUCCCCAUCCCCGUGCCCAGGUCCGGCUGCGGUUGCCCUCGGUCGGAGCGGCCCCGUCGGGCGGUGCUCGGGGUGUCCCCGUCGGGGGGGCUCCGCACGGACAGAGCGGCCUCACCGGAUCGUAUCGCUCCGUCCCGGGGGGGGGCAAAGGCCGAACGUUUCCCCGUCGGGGUACCGCGGUCGCGCAGGUGCCCCUCGGGGCUCCUAUCCCGCUGCCACCGGAGGGCACGGCCGGACCCGGCCCGCGGGGACCCCAUCUGCCCCCAAACCUCCCCCGCCCCAUCGAGGGGGGAGCGGCCCCGCAGCCCCCAGCGGGCUCUCACCGACCACCACGCAGAGCACGUCGAGCGCCACGAAGACUUUCCUGCGUUCCAUACCGGCACCGGUUCGGUAGCGGCCCAGCGGACCGACCCUAUGGUUCACAUGGCCCGGAACAACGCGGGCCCGACCGGGAGCAAAAGUCCGGGCGGACGGGACGGGGCGGCACCGGGGCGGGACGGGGCGGCACCGGCAGACGGGGCGGGGGGCGGGACGGCGGGGCCGGGGGCAGGUACGGGGCGGGGCCCCCCCUCCGAGCACCGACCGAAGGGUCCGGAGCGCUCCGGGGGCACCGGAGGUGUUAAUGCGGCUCCGGAGCGACGGAACCCCGCAGGAGUGCGGUGUUCCCCCGGGUGUGGGGGUCCGCCCCCCUCCCCGUGACAAAGGAAUGAGGGAGAAGGAAAACCCCGACAGCCCGGGGCUGCUUUUCUGAUAACAACAAUAAAGUAAAAGAGAAAGAUGGGAGGGGGAAAAAAAGAACAAAAUCAGAGUGGCGGAAUGCAACCGCGGGUGCGCGCGGUGGGGCAGAUGAGCGGUGCUGGGACCGAUGGGGCGCAUUGGGGUGCGGCAGAACCGCACCGCGCGGAGCAGCGCUGCCCCAUCUGAGCGCAGGACGAGGCGCGCGUUGCUCCGCAGCUGUGAUUCGAACGCGUCGCGGUGUUUUCCCGUCGGAGCAGAACGGCUGCCGGGCCGGGAUGUGCCGAACCUGAGACACCCGGAUGGGAGCAAAGGUCGGAGCUGCUGCCCGCGGUGGCUCCGUGGAGCUGUUUGUUCCAGGCCUGGCGCUCGGUUAGGAACGGAAGGAGACAUAAAUCACGCAGAAAGCGCCCAAGUGAUGGCUGCUGGGCUGCUUUCUUCAGCGCGCCGUCAGCGGCCCGGAGAGAGCCUCGAGGCUGUGGUUGGAAGCAGCAGAGUUGGAAACCUUCUUGGGCUGCUCCGGGGGUGCGGGAGAGGAGCAGAACUGCUGCCUGGCGUCCUCUGCUCCCAGCCCCUUCCCCUUCCUUCCCUUCCACGUCCUUUACCCUUUUUCUACCCCUUCCGCUUCCUUUCCCCUUCUCCUUCCCUUUCCCUUCCUUUUUUCUUUCCUCCUUCCCUUCCUCUUUCCUUCCCCCUUCCAUUUCCUUUCCCGUUUUCCUACCCCUUCUGUUUCCCCUUUCAUUUCCUUUCCCCUUCCCUCUCUCCUUCCCUUCCCUCUUUCCUCCCCUUUCUCCUUUUCUUUCCCCUUCCUUUCCUUUUUUCCUUCCCUUCCCCUUCUCUCCUCCCUUCCCUUUUUCCUUCCCUUCCUUUCCCCCUUCCCCUUCCUUUCCCUCACUCCUUCCUUUCCCUUCUCUCCCCCCUUCCUUUCCCUCACUCCUUCCCUUUCCCCUCCCCUUUUUCCUUCUCCUUCCCUUUCUCUUCUUUCCCUCCCUCCCUUUUCCCCCUCCUCCUUUCCUCCCCCCUCCAUCCACACAGCUCUCCCCCAGUUCAGGAUUUGCCCCAGCCGCACCAAGCACACGAUAGCAAUAGAAAACAAAAAAACCCAAGCAAGGUUAUGGCAGUGCUGGGAGCUGAGGGGGCACAGAAGCGGGGCAGGACGGGGCCCAGCAGCGCUGCGCUGCGCUGCCCCACCGACGGGCACACGGCUCAGUGCUGGCGCGGGGCAGAGCAGCACCCCGAUAAGAGCUGCUCCCCGCCCGGCACUGCAGGACUUUGCCCUGCGCGGUGUUGGGGCUGUGGGACGGUGCCAAACAGCAGGAGCCACCGGAACGCCCCAACCCCACGGAUAUCAUAGAACCGUCUGAGCUGGAAGAGGCCCGAAAGGACAUUUCCAUCGCAACGACCCCGCGCGUCGCUCUCUGAUGGCUGCGGCGGUCGAGCCGCUCUUCUGCGGAGUAAUUAAAAGCGGAGCGUUUAGCGCAGCCAUGUGUCACGCUGAGGGAUUGCUCGCAGACACAGCGCAGCGCCCGGGACUCCUCCCGUGUCCGGAAACCCCCAAACAUUCCGCUGAGGUCCCUCGUGCCCCAGGCUGGGAAAUGCACUGAGGGUCCCCUCCCCACCCCAUGUGUUGGGGCAGGAGAUGAGGGCUGCGGACCCCGGGGUCACUUCUAAUUGAGCACCCCCGGCUGGGAGACAAAACCCCAAAAGGCUCCGGGAUCCGCAGCCCGGAGCUGUGCUCAGCUGUACGCCCUGAAACGUUCUCUCUCGUAGGGGCAGCGAAUACUCAUCCAGGGGAGGGGAGGGUCAGACAGA